AGCUGAAGCUCCUUGCGUGUUUCUCUUUUCAGGUUUGAUCAGAGGAUCUCCCUCACAAUCUUCACUUCAGACUCCAAAGACCGAGAAAACUUCUCUUACCAGAACUGUGUCAGAUUCUGCAGUUGAAAUAACAGGUACACUGGCAAGGAGAGGGGCAUCGAUCCGGCAGAGCUUGGGUCUGGGUACUAAAAAAUACAAACAAGAACCACUUGAACCUGUCACAGAGGCCAUGACUUUAUCUGAAGAGCAGACUGAGGUCGUAGACACAGUGUUGGAGCUCAGUGACACAUAUACUCUGCCAGAGAUACCACCUAUGCCUUUGUCAGUAAUGGAGAUUAAUAAACUGAUAGAGACAGAACAUUUAGAGGAGGCCUACGUGAAUCUACUGUCACUACGUCUGGAGCUUCAGCGGGAGCAUCAAGCUCUGGAUCAAGAAGACUAUCCCAUCGAACUUGUCAAUAAAGAGAAAGACCUGAGUCUGCUCUAUGGCACACUAAAGAACAAAAUGUCUGCCAUUAUACGCAACUCCAGUGCUCUUCCCUCACACAAUAAAGAGCUGCUGGUGUAUGUGGCAUACAUUAUCCUGGAGGAAGAGAAGAGACGGACAGAGCCAGGAGCGAUGCAGGGAUGGAGGGAAGCAUGGAAGGAUGCGGUACUAUACGGGGUUCGAGAUUCACUGAAGAAAGUUCCUCUGGACAGCCGCGAGAAGAAUGCUUCCUGGCUGGCAGUGCAUCUGGGGCUUCUGGGUAAAGCUGUGGUGGAGGAUUUGCAGAGAGUGAAGACUGAGCUUCUGAGCUCAUAUCCAGCAGACUUUAAUGUGUUUGAAACCUAUGUGUCCUGCCACCAUGAGGCUGUAGGAGAGCAUCUAAAGAGACUUCUGGAAAAGGUGACAGAGCUGAAAGAUUACUACGCUCUUCUAGAUUUCAUUAUUCAUCGCUACCCCAGCGAGAAGAUAAUGGGAAGCAGCUCUCUGCGGCCUGAGCUGAAGGAAGAUCAGAGAGCACUGCCAGUGGACAAAGAUUUCCUUAAUCAGAUAAAAGACAAAUACUGUGCACGCUUACAGGCUGACAUGAAAACAUCACUCAACAGAAUUACUGACUUGGAGAAUGAGGAAAUGUGGAAAGAAAAAAGAAAACCAGUGAUUGAUGAGGGAAUCUACUGCUCACACAUUGACAUGGACAUCUGGACGAAUAUUAAAGGGCAUGUACAAGGAUCCAGAAGAAUUGAUGUGAACCUUGAGCAGAAGGUUGUGCGUUCCUGUUUAGAGGAACUGAAGACCUUUCCAAAACGGUUUGUGAUAAAGAACUAA